AUGGCGAACCAGAAGCAGCGCGAACGCCAAGCUGCAGCUAAGGCCAGGGUCUGUUGGUUCUGCUGGAGUGACCGCACGGGCGAGCGCUGGUGGAAUGACGACUCAGCCUCUGCGUGCAAGCUCCGCAAGAGGCCAAGGGGCAGCUGUUUCCACUCGGUCAAGGGUGCUGGCGGCCCGCCUUCGGUUUCGGUCAAAGAGAAGGCCAAGUCCGAGGAGCUCAGGUCGGAGGUCAAGCGCUUCAAGGCUGAGCUAGCGGAGGCCAACAAGGCAGCAGCAGCGGCCGCGAAAGCUCCUGCCGACGGGCCCAGCAUGGAGGUCGACAAGGGCGAUGCGGAUAGGGACGCAGCUCGGAUCGUCGAGCUCCGCGACCAGAUCGAUGGCCUCGAGAACUUGCCUGACAGCAGUGGGGCGAUUGCUGCCUUGCGCACGGCGGCCGUCAAGGAGCUCAGCGACGGGUCGCAGCCGAUCGCGGUGGUGGAGAAGCGGAAGGCGGCCAAGCAGAAGCACCUGGACGGCCUCCAUCAGCAGAUCGCGGAAUUCCAGCAGCAGCGCCUCGAGGCUGCGAAGGGGCUGGCCGCCAUCCAAGUGGAGUUGGUGGACUUGGAGGCCCAGCGCGCCAAGGUUGCGGCCAACUUUCCGCGGCCCUCCACCGUGGUCGACGGCGCCCAGGCCCCCCUCGACUCGGCGUUUGCCGUCGGUGCGCAUGUCGACGGCCUAGGGCCUAGCUUGAGCAGACGGCCGCCAGUUUCGGUGCUGAUGCUGGCCUCGCGCGCGAGCUCUCUUCGGUCCUGGGGCGCGUCCGCGAGGCGGCAGUCAAGGCCCGGGCUGACGCCGAGGCCGAGGCCGAGGCCGCGCGGCGUCGCGCAGAGGCAGCUGCCCCUGCUGCCGUGCCGGCGCCUGCAGCUGGCGGCGGACAGCAUGGUGGCCCUCCUCCUGGCCCUGGCGCUGGCGGCGCUGAGGCGGCUGCGCCGGAG